AUGAAUUUGGAGAAACCAAAAGAAUUGAUUGAAGAGGAGGAAAAGAUUUUAGGAUCAGAGUUGAGUGUGAUUCGUUAUUCGCCUGAAGGUGUGUUGGAUCGUUCAGUGCCAUCGAUCACUAUUACCUUCUCUCAACCGAUGGUUCCUGUCAGCAGUAUUGAUGAAGUAAUGGAUACAGUUCCAGUGGAUGUUUCUCCUCUUCCAAAAAAAGGAGGUCAAUUCAAAUGGUUGGGCACAAAAACUCUAGUUUACGCAGCCAAAUACAGAUUUGACAUGUCCACCAAGUAUACAGUCACUGUUAAGAAGGGAACCAAAUCAGAAAUUGGAGGAAUUUUGAAAGAAGAUUUGACAUUUAGUUUUGAAACUCCAAGAUUAUCUUUAAUCAGCUCCCUUCCUUCUGAUCACACUAUUCAUCCUCUGAAUGAAGUUCCAAUUUACUAUUUAGAAUUCGAUCAAGACAUUGAUCCAAGUGAAGUUAUCAAAUUCAUUUCAAUUAAUGAGAAUAGUAAUUUAGCCACCUUAAUUCAUGACGGCAAGAGUUCAAAUCCUCUCGUACAGGAGUUCAUCCUCAAAGCACUCAAAGAUUUCGACUUGGAGAAGAGGGAUUAUCAUACUUAUGAAGCUUACAAACGAAAACUCAAAAAUGCUCCAGAGAAACGACAUUUGUGGUUCCAUGUUAGUAAUUAUCUUUUUGGAAACUCUGUAAAGGUGAGUAUCAUGAGCGGAGUUACAGGAACAGAAGGACCAUUGCCAACACUACAUUCUCAUAUCACCACUGUAAAUAAUUAUCCUGCGUUCGAGUUUAUCAAAAAGUAUGGAGGAGAGCUCCCAAUGCAAGCUUUUAGUUUGCAAUUCACAACUGGCAUUGAUUUGGAAAAAUUGACAGAAAAUAUGUUCACUGUUUCACCACCAAUUGAACGGAUGUCAUUAAAUCCAUUUGGAAAUAGUAUUAGCAUCUCAGGUAAAAUCAAAGGAAGAACAACAUACAAGGUUUUCGUAAAGAAUCUUGUCGAUGUUUGGGGGCAAGUGCUUAAAGACCUUACUGUAGAAUUUCAAGUUAAAGGUGCACGCCAAUCAAUCCAAGCAUUCAAAACCGGUGUUAUUGUUAUGGAUCCAACAUUGAAUCCAAGUCCAUCUUAUCCUAUUGUAACUGUAAAUUUGGAUGCUGUACGUUGCAGGGUUUACCAGGUCAAUCCAUCCACGAUGUUCAAUCAUUCAGUACUCAGAUUCCAAACAGACGCUACCAUUAAAUAUCCUGGCACUCUAGUUUAUGAUGGAAUCAUAUCAACAAAGGGAGAAGUUGACGAACCAGUCGAAACUGAAAUUAAUCUUCAAGAAUAUCUUCAGUAUCCAUCUGAGAGCAUUGGCCAAUUGUUGGUGGUUGUUGAAGCUGAAAUGAAUAGCUGGAAAGCUUCAUGGAACACUCGACCUGGUUAUGUUUCAUGGAUUCAAACAACGAAGAUUGCAGUUGAUUGCGUUAUUGAUAAUAACUCUUCAAUUGCCUACUAUUGGGUAAAUUCCUUAAUUGAUGGCAGUAUUAUUAAGGACAAUGUGACCUUCCACUUUAAUAAUCAUACAACAAGUUCACCAGAUGCAAAAACUGGAAUUGGUUGUAUUAAAAAUAUUUCUGGAAAUAGUUAUGGUUCCUGCUCUUUGAAUGCCAUAGCAACUCAUGGACAUGACACAUGUUUCAUUCCAGAUGUAUAUUAUGCCAGAAAUGCGUUUACUCCUCAAAUAACUGCCCAUAUUUUCAAUGAUAGAGGAUUGUACAAGCCAGGUGAGACUGUCUCUAUUAAGGGUUACGUAAGAAGAUUUAAUUUGAAAGGAAAUGUUUUUAGCAUUGAUAUUCCAACAAAUUCUUCCACUUACACAAUUUUAGAUGCCAGACAACAACGAUACGAAUCAGGCAAAGUACAAUUAAGCUCUGAUGGUACAUUUAAUAUUCAAUUCAAAGUUCCAGAUAAUGCCAACUUGGGAAGUCACACAAUUAUGUUCUCUGAUUUUUCAUCAAAUCACGCAUUCAAGGUUCAAGAAUUUAGAACUCCAGAGUUCAAAUCAAAAUCUUCAGUAUCACCUGGAAAUUACAUUGUUGGUGGAUCUGCCAUCUGCACAACCAAUGCAGAUUACUAUAGUGGAGGUGGAAUUUCAGGAGCCAAAUGCAGAUACACUAUCAAACAAACUACCAGCAGCUACACUCCUCCAAAUCAAUCCUCAUACACUUUUGGAACGUCUCUCAAUUUCUUUGGAAACGACUUUGUAAAGCAACUUUUCUCGGCCAACUCAAAUGUUGGUGUUACAACCUUUGAAGGUACAACAGAUGGUGAUGGAGAACACCAAAUUGCAAUUGCAUUUGAGGAGAGUAAUCGUGUAAAGAAGGCUCCAAUCACCAUUUCUGUAGAAUCUACAGUUCAAGAUAUCAAUAGACAAACAAUGACAUCAUCAGCAUCCUUCCUCGUUCACCCUUGCAAAUAUUAUUGUGGAAUCAAGUUGAGUCGAGAAUUUGCAAAACAAAAUGUUCCUAUAACUGCCUCUUUGAUUGUUACAGAUAUUGACGGAAAUUUGGUUUCAGGAAUACCAAUCCAAUUGAAAGUCACUACUCAAGUGAAUGUCAAGAAAGGAUACAAAUAUGCUUCUGAAACUGUUGAAGUUAUUGAUAAGGUUUUCAUAUCGGAAAAUGAACCAAUUGAAUAUUCUGUCAAAUUUGAAAAAGGUGGCAACUAUUCAUUUUCUAUUGGUAUUGUUGAUUCUGCUACAGGACAAACAAACAAAGCAUCAACAAGUUUAUUUAUCACUGGAUUUUCUGCAAGAGAAGUUUUGAUAGGGAAGAAACAACUCACUCUUCUUACAGAUAAGAAAGAAUAUCAAGUUGGAGAAAAGGCCAAGAUUCUGAUUCAAUCUCCAUUUGAUUCCAAAGCUGAAGGCGUACUGUUUACACAACUUCAUGGAAUUCAUCGUCAAUAUCCAAUUCAAAUUGAUGCUGAUCUUGGUUAUACAGAAUUUGAGCUUGGAAUUACUCUAGAUCACAUUCCAAAUGUUAAAGUAAGUGUUGAACUCUCAGGUUCUGAAUCAAGAGUAGAUGCCACGGGCACUGUUUUAGAUUUACCAAAGCAACCUGCUUUUUCAUCAGGUUCUUGUGAUAUUGAGGUUUCAAAAAAUUCAAGAAGCUUAUCUGUGGAAUCUAAACCUGAAAGAGAAUAUUUGACACCUGGAAGUGAAACCAGUAUCAGUGUACUAGUUAAGGAUCCAAUGACUGGAGCUCCACAAGAAGGAUGUGAAGUGUGUAUCAUUGCUGUGGACGAAGCUGUACUCUCUCUCACCAACUACUCCAUCAGUAAUCCACUAGAUACCUUUGUUACACCAUACAACACUACUUAUCAACCUUACUCUCUCAGAAAUAAUGUAUUUGUAAAGAGCUAUCAGGGAAUAAUAUUCCAAGAGGAGCAAACUUAUACCACCACCAAUUCCCUGUUUGGAACUUCUCUUACUAACUCAGGUUUUUCAUUUUCUCAUAAUCAUCAUAGUUAUCCGAUGCAAAUGCAAAUGCAACAAAUGCCAGCAUCUGAUCCAUUUUCUCCUUCAGUCCAAUCGUAUGGUGGCUUUGCGUUUGGUAGUGCAGCAUUUGCUGGUAUGCCAGUACCUGAACAACCAAUGAUUGCAGUGAGAUCAAAUUUCAAUCCAUUGGCAAUCUUUAGUCCAUCUAGUAAGACAAAUGCAGAAGGAUUCACAAGUGUAAAAUUCAAGAUACCUGACAAUCUUACAAAAUAUAGAAUCACAGCAGUUGCUGUUAAGGGUGAUUGGAAUUUUGGAAUUCAUGAAUCUUCCAUGAUAGCUCAACUUCCAUUGUCAAUUAGGCCAUCUCUUCCUCGAUUCUUGAACUUUGGUGAUAGAGUAGAAUUUACAUGUGUUUUACAAAAUCAAACUCAAUUGAAUUUGGAGGUAAAUGCAGCUAUCAAUUUUACCAAUUUGAACUUGUUGGAUGAGUCAAAGAAGGGCCUCAAGAUUAGGAUUCCAGCUUUAGGAAGAACUGAAUUGAGAUUCCCAAUGUCAACCGAUAGAGUUGGUAUUGCACGAUUCCAAAUUGGUGUGUCGAUUGCCACAAUCGGAAUUAACUUUUCUGAUGCCAUUGAAAAGGAAAUUAGAGUAUUUACACCUGCCACUACUGAAGCAUUUGCCACUUAUGGUGAAAUGGAUGGAGAUUCUUCUGUUUUCCAACCUGUUAAGGCUCCUCCAAAUGUUUUCACUCAAUUUGGAGGCUUAAAGAUUUCUACUAGCUCUACUGCACUUUCUUCACUCACUGACAGUUUCUUAUACUUGUACAAUUAUCCAUACGAAUGCAGUGAACAAAUUUCCAGCAGAUUACUUUCCAUUAUUUCUUUGAAAGACAUUCUUCUUGCAUUCAAUUCACAACAAAUUCCUAGUAAGGAAGCAAUCGAUAAUAAUAUCAAACAUGCUCUUACUGCCUUAGAAGCAAGACAAUUUCCAAAUGGUGGAUUUGGAUACUGGUCCUAUAAUAAUAAUUAUCGUAUCAGUCCAUAUGUGACCUGCCAUGUUGGCCACAUGCUUGGACGUGCCAAGAUUGCAGGAUAUUCAGUGAAUGAAGGAACCCUCUCAAAAUUAAUUCCAGUAUUGAGAAGUAUUGAAAAUUAUUGUAUUGAACUUGAUUAUUCUGAGGAAUCUAUUAAAUCUACCAAGGCUUAUGCAUAUUAUGCUUUGGCUUUGUUGGGUGAUUCUCAGGUCAAGAAUUUAGCUGAAAAACAUUACCAAACCUACAAAUUGAAUGGAAACUUUGAACAUUUAGCUUGGUUGGCCACUGCCAUGUAUUUAUCUAAUAAUAAUAGAGCUACCGCCUCAGCCAAUCAAAUCAUUGAACAUUUGAAUAAGCAUGUUAAUGAAACUGCACAAACUGCCAACUUUAUUACAAGUUAUGGUGAUGUACUGUCAACUAAACAUGUCAUGUUACAUAGUGACAGAAGAACUGACGGAAUUUGUUUAGAAGCUCUUAUUAAUAUUACUCCUAACAAUUAUCUCAUUCCAAAGAUUGUUAAGGGAUUGCUAGCUCACAAAAAGAAGGGUCGUUGGGGAAAUACUCAAGAAAACGUUUUCAUUCUUCUUGCUCUCAAUACCUAUUUUAAUGUUUUCGAAGGUGUGACACCAGAUUUUGUGGCCAACAUGUGGUUGGGUGAAGAUUAUUGUGGAGAACAAGUGUUCAAGGGAAGAUCCAAGGAUGAAAAUCAAUUAAAUAUUCCAAUGAGUUUGUUGGAAUAUGAAAAAAAGACUCUUGCCAUCUCAAAGCAAGGUCCUGGAAGAUUAUAUUACAGAAUUGGAAUGGAAUAUGCACCAAAGAAUUUACUUGUUGAUGCAUUGGAUUAUGGAUUUGAAGUUCAAAGAACCUAUGAACAUGUUACUGAUUCUUCUCAUGUUUCAUUUGAUAAGGAAAAGAAUACUUGGAGAUUUAAAGCUGGAGAAUUGAUUCGUGUCAAGUUGACCAUGACAAAUACCAGUCGUAGAUAUCAUGUUGCCUUAGUUGACUAUUUACCAGCUGGUCUCGAACCAAUCAAUCCAGAAUUGAAAGGAACUCCAGAGAUUUCCUCUCUCAAUGGAAGUAAAACCAACAAACCAAAUUCUUGGUGUUGGUGGAUUAAUCCAAUCUGGUACGAACAUCACAACAUUAGAGAUGAAAGAGUCGAAGCAUUUACUUCACUAUUAUGGGAAGGCACUCAUCAAUUCACAUAUAUUGCCAGAGCAACAUCCAUUGGUUCAUUUGUGAUUCCUAGUGUAAAGGCAGAGGAAAUGUACACUCCUGAAAUAUUUGGAAGAAGUGCUACUGAAUUUGCUGAGGUUUAUGAAUAA